UAUUAGACAUGUAAGUCAUUUGAUGGAACACUCAGCAGUGCAUCACACAGAGUUACAGGUGGUGUUUCACUGUGAACUAAUUCUUCUCGGACAUGAAGGCAUCUAAAACCUCUCAUUUCUCACAUACAAGAUGAGGAAUGAGGAAACAGGAAGGAACUAUGAAUUAAGAGGCUUCCAGAAAUGUACUGUCUGUAAUGGAGUUUAAAUUUAGUACAAACAAUUGUAGUUAUGAAAUUAGCUGUUAUGACAAAGUUUAUGGUGUUCUGCAUAAGCAGCAGUUAUCUGGUGACUAACAGAGCAGAAUCCAAACAGCCCUGGAUGGAUCUUUUUUAAUAUUUGUGGUUCUGUAAUAUGCAAGGGACUUCCCUUGCCUAUAGGGAAGUCCCCCUGUUAAAAUAAUAAGAAACCAAAUGUAAAUGACCAUUUACUAUUGCACAGCUGCAAGUACCACACCCAAGUUCCAGGGCAGGGCUACGGUCAGUAUUUGAUGUUUUUAAUGUGGCCAGAGCAAGCUUUUGUCUUUACAAGCUAACAAGGGCAUUGGGCUGAUCCUGUGCCAGAGCUUGCUGCUGCUGCUCAGUGGGGAGAGCCCCUGUCAGCUCUGCUGUGGGUUGGGGCUGCUGCCUGCCAGGGUCAGGGAACAGGGUCCUGCCUCUGCCUGAGGCAUCUCUGCUCCUGGCUGGGUUUGCUCUAACACCCAGCUCAUGGCAACGAGCUGGCCUGCUGGGGACACUGGCUGCCCUGGGCACAGGUUUGCAGAGGGGAUGGAGCUGGCUGGAGCUGGGCUCCUCCAAGGACCCUUUGGAGAGCAGGGCCUGGCUCUGCCCACCUCUGGUGCCCACUGUAAUUGAGGUGCCCUUGGUGGGGACAAAAGCGCUCCUGGGUACACCUUUGCUUGCAAGCAGUGUGGAAUUGAUGCCUGCAGCUCUCACCUCCCUUCAGGUCUUUCUGCUCAGGGCUGAGGAUGGAGAAGGAGGAGGACAUGCAGUGGGUGCACUGGCAUUUCAGAAUGGCUUAGCAGGGACUUUCCUGCUCUCCCAGCAGGGUUUCCCUGUGCCUGGGGUCCUCUCCCAUUCAGCCCUGUGCCCCGGUAAGGUGGUGAGCAGGGCUGGGACUGACUCAGGUCCUUGGGUCUCCUCAAGGGAACCUUUUGGUGGCAGAUUUUGAAGAAGCUGCAAGUGACUGAAAGGAAAUGGUGAUGCAAGGGGAGGGUCUCUUGCACACUGAGCCCGUGGCUGCCCCAUCCUGGCUGUGCUAUGUCCCAGAUUCCCCACCUGCCAAUCCCCCACACACAGGCAGUACUGCCAUUCCUGGGGCUCAGGGAGUGCAUUACAUGCUCCAUUCAGCCGUUCCAGCUCUGAUAAGAGAGGGUGAAGGCGCCUCUGGCUGUCAUAUCCAAUAUCCAAUAUCCAAUAUCCAAAUCCAUAUCCAUUUCCAUUGUCCUUGACCCCUGUGCCAUCACGGGGCAGCAUCAGCAGUCAGGGGAGUCCUUUGGAUGUCCGGGCAGUCAGCCUGGCCCUCACCCUUCACUGUCCUCUGCUUCCAGAGGUCCCUCCAGGCUAUCCCCGAGGCCUCCCCGCUCAGCUCCUCCGCAGCCCGGAGCCGCUGGAGGGGCUGGGCUGGGCUGGGAAGCCCCGGCUCGGUACAAACCACAGCGAGUGAACAAUUACGGGUGCGAUUGCAGCGGCAGUUCCGCUUCCCCAGGGCUUUAAGAGCGAGGGCAGAGGGGAGGGGACAGCCCGGCCAGGCAGGAGCAGGGUCCGGAGCAGAGCACUGCGGGCAGGAGCAGAAUGGGGGACGCCUUCAUCCGGCACAUCGAACUGCUGGGCUACGAGAAAAGGUUUUUCCCCAGCCAGCACUAUGUCUACAUGUUCCUGGUGAAGUGGAAUGACCUCUCUGAAAAGGUCGUCUACCGCCGCUUUACUGAGAUAUACGAGUUCCACAAAGCGCUGAAGGAGAUGUUCCCCAUUGAAUCCGGGGACAUCAACAUAGAGAACCGGAUCAUCCCGCACUUGCCAGCCCCAAAGUGGUUUGAUGGGCAGCGCUCAACUGAGAACAGGCAGGGCACACUGGCUGAGUACUGCUACACACUGGUGAACCUGCCCCACAAGAUCUCCCGGUGCCUGCAUGUGGUCAACUUCUUCAAAGUCCGUCAUGAUGACAUGAACCCUGUCACAGACAGCCAGAUCAAGAAGCCUGAGGUCUUCCUCCUGACAAAGGAUUCCAAGAAAAGCCUGACUGACAUCACGGGCCCCAUUGUCCUGCAAACGUACCGAGCCAUCGCUGACUAUGAGAAGAGCUCCACGUCUGAGAUGGCUCUCAAGGCUGGGGACAUGGUGGAUGUCGUGGAGAAGAGUGAGAAUGGCUGGUGGUUUUGUCAAUUGAAGAAUAAACGAGGCUGGGUACCUGCUGCCUAUCUGGAGCCACUGGAUGGUCCUGAUGAGUCUGAAGAGCAGGAGCCUAACUAUGCAGGUGAAGCGUACGUGGUCCAGAAAAGCUACACUGCUGUGGAAGAGGAUGAGCUGACCCUCAAGGAGGGUGACACCAUUGAAGUCAUCCACAAGCUCCUUGAUGGCUGGUGGGUCAUCAGGAAGGAUGAGACCACAGGUUAUUACCCCUCCAUGUACCUGCAGAAGGCUGGGGAGGUGAACACCUCUGUGAAGAGUGAGCUGAGGAACCGGGGUGCUCCUCCGCGGAGAUCCACCAUCCGGAAUGCGAAGAGCAUCCACAAGCAGGGCCGGAAGCAAAUCAGCCAGGAGACCUACAGGAGGAACAGCAAGAAGUACAUCCAGAGCCAGCGGAAAAUACGGGGGAAUUCCCAGAACAAGGCCAAUGUCAUCAUUGAGAAAAAUGAGCCGGAGGACAACAAGCCCAAGGCUCAGCCUGCUGUUCCUCCCCGUCCCAGCAGGGAGCUCAUCCUGAACCGCUGCACGGAGAGCACAUGGAGGAAGAUCCUGUGAGGAUCCUGUGAGCCCCCACACCAGCCACCCAAAGCUUCAUCUCCUCCAGCUCCUGUGCAGCUAGGCUUGGAGCUGGACAGGGAUCCAGGUGGCUCUGGCAGCCACCACAGGCCAGGGAGGCUGCGGCCACAUCAGCCCAGCCCAGUGCCCUUCCUCAUUCUCCACCUCACCCACGGUGUCCUGAGAGCACUCUGAGGAGGGACCAGCCCUGCUCUACCAGCUCCUUAUAAACACCAAGUCCUUGUCUCUACAUGCCCUGCUCUGAAAAAUGUGUAUUUUAUGAUUGGCUUUUCACAAGUAUUAAAAUGAAUAUUGAAUGUGUUAUGUUAGAAAGUUAUGCCGUAUUAAUUUUCUUAAGUAGUGUGUUAAGUAUAGUUUUAGGUUAUAACAUAAUGUUAAAAUAGAAACUAUGUUGUGAAAGAUUGUAAGAAAGGACUUGCAGCAGAUAGCAGCCACAGGACACCUAAAUCUUUCAGAGAAAGGGAAUUUAUUGCUCCCUUAUCAGCAGAAAACUAACUUCUUCCCACCUCGCUCAGACAUGAAGACGGCAUGAGGAUUAAGAGGAAGAAGUUGACAGUGACCAGACAGAAUCCUGUGUUUGAAUGGAAUUUAUGCAUCAUGUCUGAGGUGUAUGAAUAUGCAACAGGUGAUUGUUUUUAAGGGUUAAUCCUCUGUUAAGAGGGGUCCUUUUUCAGGCUUGUGUUGCCCAGAAAAAGGUACCUGGACAUCCGUAUCUCUUUGUUUUUAGUGUCUCAUAUUGUCCUCAUCUCAAUUGUUCAAAUUUUAUUACUCUAAUUAUAUUACUAUUUUUAUAACCAUUUUAUUACUUUUAAAAUUUUAAAAACAAGUGAUUGGCGUUUUUCACGCCUUCUAUUACCUCUUUGUAUUUUGAAUUAUUUUGGUGGUUUUCAUCAAUAAAGGGGAGACACUUGAUAGACCCUGAGGAGCAGUGUGGGCAUGGCAGCAGGAAAAGUGCUCCUCCAGGUGGAUAUUGUGCAAGGGACUCCUCCCAAAAAUGCUGGCAGUGAGGAAAUUUAGCUAUGGGGAUGAAAGGCCAGCAGCUUCUUCCUGGUGUUAUAAAUAAGAAGCUUCACUAGGCCAAUACUCAAGCAGCAAUCAAUUUAUUAAUUAAUAUGGUAAAGUAUGAGCAAUACAGCAGUGGGUACAGUGGGGGAAAUUUUCCCUCCAACUGCACGCCGAUAGUUGGGGCUUACAGAUAUUUAUAGGGGUUUUCAUAAGCUUUUUCAGCAGUUUUUAUUCCCAAUUUUUACAUCAUAAUUCUAUACACUAUUGUGAUUUAGUUUUUCUCAGAAUGUAUCUCAGAAAGGAGUGGUUGUUAUCCUAUUGUAAAGGUUUCAUACCUUCUUGGCGAUUUCUCAUGGGCAGUUCCUCACAGCACUGACUCUUUCUUCUUCUCAGCACAGCCAACAAACUCCAUCUCAUAUCUCCACCAGCCAACCUGCUCUUUUAUAAUACCCCUCUUAACCGGAUCCAGCUGUGGCCUAUUAAGGGCAGGUUUGUUCUUAAUGCUUGACAAUUGGCACAGCUGUAACUCUUUAGGGGUGAGAUUACUUUCACCACUAUCUCUAAGUCUCCUACCUCCUAUCUAUCCACAAGGGGUAUCCCCAGAUGGUGGGGUCCAGCUUCUGAAAGAAGAGAGAAGUCUCCCAGCUGGUGAGGUCCAGGGUCCAGAUGCGGGUCCACCUUUUAAUUGCAAGGACUAUAAAUCCCAUAACAGUGAUGUCCAGCUUCCCUUGGUGGAAACUAUCAAUCCUGGAGUUGAUGUUCAUCUUCCUUUCUCAAGCUGCUUUUCAAUAUUUUGUUAAGGCAUUGAGAUAACCAUGUUUCCUUUUUACAUAUUCUAAAGCUAUAGUUUCAAACAUCCUUACUACAAGCAAUCUAAAAUUAUACUUCAAAAGCUUAUUAUUGCAAAACUCUUUUUUAGCUAGAAGCAGAAAGUUCCUGUGAAACAGCAACAUCCUUAAAGCUUUAAUUCGAAUGCUCCUAAAUCAGCUUAAGACUUAUAAAGGUUAAUUGCAAACAAAGGAUAGCCUCAAAGGCCUUCUUCCAUGCUUUACUUCCUCA